CCCACAUUCAGCAUUCAGCUGAAGUAGGGAUUGAGCGAGAGGGAGACAAGGGAGAGUGUGAGAAAGACCAGAAAGGCACUGGCAGUCAGUCGCUUCCGGGAUUCUCUGGAGAAAAUAGAAAACAAUACACAUGAUACGAAAGGUCUGCUGAGCACCGCACCCACACACAGUGAUAAGGAUGCAGGCCUUUGGGUUCAGGAUAAGGACCUGGUUUCCUUUGGCUUUUUUAGCAGUGACUGCCCACUUUGCCAGCCAGACUCAGGGUCAAGUUGCUUCUCCAACAAGACUACAGUUUAAUGUGCUGUCUGAAGACAGUGUACAGAUUAGAUGGAAAGCCCCAAGAGGGAGAGUUCAAGGAUAUAAAUUAAGUGUAACCCCAGUUAGAGGUGGAAAAACACAGGAAUUAAGUCUCCAGAAAGGUGAUAACACUGCAAUUAUUCAGGGUCUCAUUCCAAACCUGGAAUACUCAGUAAAUGUUAUUGCCAUAAGCCGAAACCAAGAAAGCGAACCUGCGCAAGGGAAAUUCACAAUUAAAGUCUCAGAAGAAACCAGUGAAGAGGUGUCUUCAGAUACACAGAACUUAAGGGAAGAUACUGCCUCUGCCGAAACUGACAAUGAAAUAUUAGGAGGGGAGCAGUUUAUAUGCAAAACACCAGCAAUUGCAGAUAUUGUUCUGCUUGUUGAUGGCUCCUGGAGUAUAGGCAGGAUUAACUUCAGGCUGGUUCGGUCCUUCUUGGAAAACCUGGUCAGUGCCUUCAGUGUGGGCUCUGAUAAAACCAGAAUAGGUCUUGCUCAGUACAGUGGUGAUCCCAGAAUCGAAUGGCACUUGAAUGCUUUCAGUUCAAAGGAAUCUGUGAUAGAUGCUGUCAAGAAUCUGCCCUACAAAGGAGGGAACACACUAACAGGUCUUGCAUUGACGUACAUUUUGGAGAACAGUUACAAGCCUGAAUCUGGUGCCAGGCCUGGUGUGCCCAAGAUUGGUAUCCUGAUCACAGAUGGCAAGUCCCAAGAUGAUGUUAUUCCACCAGCAAAGAGUCUGCGAGAUGCAGGCAUUGAGUUGUUUGCUAUUGGUGUGAAGAAUGCUGAUGAGAAUGAACUGAGGGCCAUUGCUUCUGAUCCUGAUGAGUCCCAUGUCUACAAUGUAGCUGAUUUCAGUAUUAUGAGCUCUAUUGUAGAAAGCCUGACCAAGACUGUGUGUGACAGAGUUGAAGAACAAGACAAAGAAAUCAAAGGAAUAUCUGGCAUCACUACAUCUUUGGGGGCCCCUCGAGAUCUUGUUACAUCUGAAGUGACAGCCAGAAGUUUCCGAGUCAGCUGGAUCCAUGCUCCUGGAAAUGUGGAGAAAUAUCGAGCGGUUUUUUACCCUUCCAGGGGAGGACAGCCGGAGGAGGUGGUUAUAGAUGGAACGGAAAACACUGUAGUGUUAAAAAACUUGAUGUCCUUGACCGAAUAUCAGAUUGCUGUGUUUGCAGUGUACACCAACGCUGCCAGUGAGGGCCUUAGGGGCAGUGAAACAACAUUGGCUCUGCCUAUGGUCAAUGACCUCAAGCUAUACGAUGUCACCCACAGCAGCAUGAGAGCCAGGUGGAAAGGGGUGCCAGGAGCUUCUGGUUACAUGAUCUUGUACGCCCCGUUAACAGAAGGAGAUGUAGCUGACGAAAAGGAGGUUAAAGUCUCCGAUUCUGUGACAGAUAUUGAACUGGAUGGACUGACUCCCAAUACUGAGUACACUGUAACAGUGUAUGCUAUGUAUGGGGAGGAAGCCAGUGACCCUAUGACAGGACAAGAAACUACAUUGCCACUAAGCCCACCGAGAAACCUGAGGUUUUCAGAGAUCGGACACAGCAUUGCCAGGGUUACAUGGGAUGCUGCUUCAAAGAACGCAAGAGGGUAUCGCAUCAUGUACGUGAAGACUGACGGAUCAGUAACUAAUGAGGUGGAAGUUGAUCAAAUCACAACCAACUUGCUGAGAGAACUAGCAUCCCAGACAGAGUACACAGUCGCCAUCUUCUCAAUCUAUGAUGAAGGGCAGUCCGAGCCUCUGACAGGAAGUUUCAGUACUAAACCAGUACCAUCCCCACUCAACCUGAAGCUCAGCGAUGUGUCCAGAAACAGUUUAAGAGUAAGAUGGCAACACGCUGCCCCAGAUAUUGUCAGGUACAGGCUGUCUUGGGUUCCCACUGCUGGUGGAGAAUCAAGAGAGCUUGUUUUUGGUGGAGAUGUGGAUACCCAGGUCCUCAGUGGUUUGCAACAAAAAACUGAAUAUGAGGUGUCACUCUCUGCUAUUUUUAAAGAUGAAACAGAAAGUGAUGCUGUUGCUGUUCUGGGAACAACACUUUCUGUAACAACUACAACUGUUGCCACAACAACCACAACCACGACAACAGUUGUCCGCAGUGCAGUGAGAAAUCUUGUCGUGGAUGACGAAACCACAUUCAGUCUGCAGGUGACCUGGGAUCUUCCAGACCAAAACAUCCGUCAGUACAGAGUGACCUAUGUGUCUUUGAGAGGAGAUCGAGAUGAAGAAGCGGUAAGCAUGGUGAUGGUGCCUGGAAGAGCGAACACUCUCCUCCUCCAGCCCCUGCUGUCUGACACAGAGUACAGGGUCACUGUUACUCCUGUCUAUGCGGAUGGAGACGGAGUCAGUUCCUCUUCUGAAGGACGGACCUUGCCACUUUCUGCACCCAGUAACUUGCGUGUCUCUGAUGAGUGGUACAAUCGCUUCCGCAUCACAUGGGAUACUCCUCCUUCACCCACCAUGGGCUACAGGAUUGUCUACCAGCCUCUGACUGCUCCAGGUCCAGCUCUGGAGACGUUUGUAGGUGAUGAUGUUAACACCAUGCUGAUCCUUAAUCUUCUCAGUGGAACAGAAUACAGUGUCAAGUUGAUAGCUUCCUACACAACAGGCUCCAGUGAUGCUCUCACAGGAAAAGCAAAAACACUGUACCUGGGUGUGACAAACCUAAACACUUACCAAGUUCGUAUGACCAGCAUGUGUGGACAAUGGCAGCCUCAUAGACAGGCUACACUGUACAGAGUGAUGAUUGAGUCCCUGGUUGAUGGAAAGAAAGAGGAAGUGACCCUUGGAGGUGGAGCGUCCAGACACUGUUUCUAUGACCUCAUGCCCAACACCCAGUAUAAAAUAACUGUCUAUGCCCAGCUUCAAGAAAUGGAGGGACCUGCUGUCACUGUAAUGGACAAAACAUUUCCUGUCCCAACCGAGCCACCCUUACCCCCAACCACCACCCCUAUUCCCACAAUUCCUGUUGCCAGAGAAGUAUGCAAAGCUGCCAAAGCUGAUCUGGUCUUCUUAGUGGAUGGGUCUUGGAGUAUUGGAGAUGACAACUUCCUCAAAAUCCUCCGUUUCCUCUACAGCACGUCUGGAGCUCUUGACAAGAUCGGUCCUGAUGGCACUCAAGUCGCCAUUGCUCAGUAUAGUGAUGAUCCCAGAACAGAAUUCAAACUCAACUCUUACAGCAACAAGGAAACACUCCUGGAUGCCAUUCAGCGCAUUUCAUACAAAGGAGGAAAUACCAAGACAGGCAAAGCCAUUAAGCAUGUCAAAGAGCAGAUCUUCACUGUGGAAGGUGGUCUAAGGAGAGGUGUCCCCAACGUCCUGGUAGUUCUUACUGACGGACGAUCCCAAGAUGAUGUUAACAAAGUUACAAAGAAUAUGCAGAUGGAGGGUUUCAUUAUCUUUGCUAUUGGUUUUGCUGAUGCUGACUAUGGAGAGUUGGUGAACAUCGCAAGCAAGCCCAGUGAAAGACAUGUCUUCUUCGUUGAUGACUUAGAUGCAUUUCAGAAAAUUGAAGAACAGCUGAUUACUUUUGUCUGUGAGGCUGCUUCUGCAACCUGUCCCUCUGUUAUAAUGAAUGGCAACACCUUAGCAGGUUUCAGGAUGAUGGAAAUGUUUGGACUUGUUGAAAAGCAGUAUGCAUCUGUUCAAGGUGUCUCUAUGGAACCUGGAACGUUCAACAGUUUCCCGUGUUACAGACUGCACAAGGAUUCCCUCAUCUCACAGCCCACUAAGUAUCUGCACCCUGAAGGGCUGCCCUCUGAUUACACUAUUACUGUCCUUUUCCGUAUUGUGCCUGAGACACCCGAGGAGCCCUUUGCCCUCUGGGAGGUCCUCAACAAAGACAAUGAGCCCUUGGUUGGAGUAAUCCUUGACAAUGGAGGAAAAACGCUUACUUUUUUCAACUAUGACUACAAGGAGGAAUUCCAGACUGUGACAUUUGAUAAUCCUGAAAUCAAGAAAAUAUUCUAUGGAAGUUUUCACAAGAUGCAUGUUGCUAUCAGCAAGACCACUGCCAAGGUCAUUAUUGACUGCAAACAGGUUGGAGAGAAGGCGAUCAAUGCUGCAGGUAACAUCACCACUGAUGGCGUGGAAGUUCUGGGCAGAAUGGUGAGGUCCAGAGGGAAAAGAGAAAACUCUGCUCCGUUACAGCUGCAGAUGUUCGACAUAGUUUGUUCAACAUCUUGGGCCAGCAGAGACAAGUGUUGUGAGAUUCCAGGACUGAGAGUUGAAGCCGACUGUCCAGCCAUGCCACAUGCCUGCACCUGUUUUCAGGACAGCAAGGGACCUGAAGGGCCCGCUGGACCACCGGGUGGACCAGGUAUCAGAGGCCAAAGAGGAGAGCGUGGAGAACUCGGCCCAGUGGGACCAGAAGGGCCACGUGGUGAUGUUGGCUCCACUGGACCCCAGGGACCUCCCGGCCCUCAGGGACCCAGCGGGCAUUCCAUUCAGGGACCUCCGGGUUCCCCUGGAGAGAAGGGGGAAAAGGGUGGACUUGGUGCUCAAGGCCCACCGGGUGUUCCUGGUUCAGGCGGAGCCCCAGGACGGGAUGGUACGCAAGGCCAGAGGGGACUGCCUGGCAAAGAUGGACCUCAAGGACAAAUUGGUCCACCAGGACCAAUUGGAAGCCCAGGAGUGCCCGGAGCCCUAGGUCAGAGUGGACCCACGGGACACCUGGGUGAACAGGGACCUCCUGGUCCCACUGGUACGAAGGGAGAUAAGGGUGAAAGAGGUGAUAUGCAAGCCCAGGCUGUGGUCCGUUCCAUCGCUAGACAAGUCUGUGAACAGCUAAUUCAAAGUCACAUGGCCAGGUAUGACUCAAUCCUGAACCAGAUCCCCAGCCAGUCGGUGUCGGUGCGUGCGGUGCCCGGACCCCCUGGAGAGCCAGGUCGCCUGGGACCUCAGGGCCCUGCAGGAGAGCAAGGACUGCCGGGCAGACCAGGAUUCCCAGGAAACAACGGCGAGCCAGGCAGACCUGGGGAGAGAGGUUUAUCAGGAGACAAGGGGGAGAGAGGAAGCCCAGGCAUUGGCACUGUAGGACCCAGAGGGCCACAGGGACCACCAGGACCUCCAGGUGAAGGCCGACCAGGCAGCCAAGGACAGCCAGGAAGACCAGGCAACCAAGGAACACCUGGACGCCCAGGCAAUCCCGGCCCAACAGGCCAGGCUGGCCCCCAGGGAUACUGUGAUGCCUCAUCCUGUAUGGGUUACAAUGUCGGAGGUGGAUAUGGUAACCCAAGCGAUCGAGUUGUACAGUUACCUCCCAGCUACCCCCAAACACAUGACUCUUACGAUGAGGAGGAGGAGGAGGAGGACCCAUAUGCAGGGUAUACUUCCUACUCUCAGCAACCCCAAAACCCCUACCCAGCACCCCACCCAGUUCAGCCGGAGACAGAUUCCAUUGAGGUGAGGUCACCAGGAAGCUACCGUGUCUCCAGAAGCAUCUCAAAAAGGAAGGCCAAGUCAACCGACAAAAAGACCGACAUAACACUCUAAAAACUAAAGCACACGUACUAACUGCACAAUGGAUAUUUCGAUUUGUGUUUCAUGCUGUAGUGGAAUUAUGAAAUGUUUACAAAUUAUUUACAGUGACAUUUUGGAUCAUGUUGUAAAAGGAGAAGUCAGAAGGGCCUGAUAUCUUUUGAAAAUAUUAUUUUUUAUUUUUUAACAAACCUGCAUGUGGCUUAAUGACUGGAUGCAACAAGAUGAUUGUGUGGACAAUUUUAGAUUGUUGCAGUGCUAUUAUAUUUUCUGUGUAGGAAAACAGUUUUGUAUUAUAAUCUUACGAUGAUGUACAGUUUAGUAGUAUUUGGUUUUACAUGUUUGCAUUUCGCAGUACAAUAAAUUGGAAUGUAGUGUCUAAAGAUAUUUUAUAAUAGCCAAAGGUGUUCUUAAGAUUUUUUGGAAAACGUAAAACAGAUAGAUGAAAUAAUAAUAAUGCCAAAAAUCUGCAGAAAUAAUCAAAGUUUCUCUGCUGUUUGUAACCAUUUCAAAGGAACAUUUACAUGCAUUUUGUUCAGUUCUGGUGAGCUUUUCUUACAUGGUGGCAUCAGAUGCUGACUUUGAUGCUGUGAAUCUUUUAACUUUUAACAGGAAUACUCCAAGAUUACUAAUAAUUAAGUGUCGACCAGUUGAAUUUCUAGAUUUUUGGUCAGUGGGUGCCAUGCUUGCAAUCAACAGGGUAUCUUCAAAUGUAGAGAUUAUCCAGAAACGACCAAAAACAGGAAGUUCAUGAACAUGUAUAAAUAUUGUAAGUUAUUUACAAUAUUUUACAGUGUGAUUUUCUGUGCAAAAUACAUUCAGUCAUUGUUUGCUUGUCCCUCACAUGCUGGAAUAACAGGAACAACAUUUUAGCUAAAUUUAAAGAAUCCAUCAGGAUUGGUUUUUUUUGGCCCCUGGUACCCAAUACAGAAAACAUUACAUGUCGACACCUGUGUCGCCACCAUGUCUCUUGGGUACAUUUUAAGAUAAUGCAGAGCAGAUCUUGAGGAUAUGCAUGUAUGUGUUUUAAAUCUGUUUGAUGUGUUGUCAAAGCUAUUGGCAAUGCUUGUGAAACUUCCAAUAAUAAUAAAAAAUGCAAUUAAAAAAACAACAAUAAAACUUAAACCUCAAAAGAAUCCAAUAAUUUCUUGUUUAUUUUUUAUGCAAAUGUACUUUUUGGUUGGGAGCUUCCAAUACACCAAAUACUUUAAAAUACCACUGUCUUUGCACCGUUUAGAUGUAUACAAUAAUUAUUCUGUAGGUACAGUGGCCAUAAAACAAAUGGUAAGAGUGUACAGAAAAAAAUAUAUAAAGGUAUUCAUAAUAAGUUUCCAAGCUAACCUAGGAGGUAAUUUAUUUUUCUCGUUUGUAUAACCAAUAAAACAGAUGUACAACCAUA